AUGAAAAAUAAUUAUUUUCUUUGUGGAGUUAUUGAAGGUUAUUAUGGUCGUCCAUGGUCAUUUAAUCAACGAAUAUCACUUUUUGAAUAUUGUUUAAGAUUUGGUUUAAAUACAUAUGUAUAUGCACCAAAAGAUGAUGCAAAACAUCGAUCUCGUUGGAGAGAUUUAUAUAGUGAUGAAGAAUCAAAUGAAUUAUCUCAAUUAAUUAAUGCAGCCAAACAAUUUGGAAUUAAUUUAAUAUAUGCAUUAUCACCUGGUAUUGAUAUAACAUAUUCAUCUGAUAAAGAUUUACAAUCACUUAAACAAAAAUUUCAUCAAUUAUCUAGUAUUGGAUGUGAAAAUUGGGCAUUAUUAUUUGAUGAUAUUGAAAGUGAUAUGUCUGAAGAAGAUAAAAAAUUAUAUCCAUCAUUUGCUCAUGCUCAUGUUGAUAUAACCAAUAAAUUAUAUAAUUAUCUUAAUAAACCAAAUAUAUUUAUUUUUUGUCCAACAGUUUAUUGUAGUCGAAUGGCAAAACCAUCUAUUGAUAAAUCUUCCUAUUUACAAACAAUUGGUGAUGGUCUACAUAAUCAUAUUGACAUUUUUUGGACGGGUCGAAAAGUGGUAUCUCAAGAUAUAACAGUAUCUCAUUUGUUAUCAAUAAAUAAUAUAUUAAAACGUCGUGUUAUUAUUUGGGAUAAUUUAAAUGCAAAUGAUUAUGAUCAACGUCGUUUAUGUAUGGGACCAUAUACAGGUCGUUCAUUAAAUAUUUCAAAUGAAAUCAAUGGAAUAUUAUUAAAUCCAAAUUGUGAAUUUGAAUUAAAUUUUAUUCCAUUAAAUACUCUUGGACAAUGGUUUAAAUUAAUAAAUAUAAAUGAAAAAGAUAAUAAUUAUAAUAAGGAUUUUAUUAAAACAUCUUCGAUAUAUGAAGUUAAUAAAGCAUUUGAAAAAUCUUUAAUUGAUUGGUUACCGGAAUUUAAUAAAAUUAAAUCAGCUAAUGAUUCACAACAAAUUCUUAAAAUUGAUAAUUAUCGUGAAGGAAUGAGUCCAAAAUGUUUAAUAUCAUCAUUAACAAAUGAAGAAAAUGUCGAAGAAUCAUUAAAUGAAAAUGUAAUAAGUUGUUCAUCAUCAAGAUUAUCAAAAAGUGAUAUAAUGGAAUGUGAUCAUAAUAAAAAUAAUAUUUGUUUAACAAUUGAUGAUAUUCGUUUACUUGUUGAAUUAUUUUAUUUACCUUAUCAACAUGGACCAAAUAUUCAACAAGUAUUUAUGGAUUUCUAUUGGCUUAGAUUUAAUUAUAAUCAAUAUAAAAAUGUAAGAAAAACAGAAAAAAGAAAAAUUUCAUCAUAUAAUAGUUAUUAUUCAUCGGCGGGCCACCAUGGUGGCACGUUAGAUAAUUGGCGUCGUCGUGCAUCAGUAUUUAAUGAUAAUGUUAAAGAUAUAUCUUGUUUACGUAAAAAAUUAAUAUCAAUUGAUAAUCGUGCUUUACUUUAUGAUAUUUAUAAUUAUAUUAAUGAUAUUAAUUCAACAUUUAUUCUUUGUUCAAAAUAUCUUAAUUGGAUUGAUGACAAUCAAAAAAAUUCAUCAGUAUUUAUGUCAGGUGAUGAAGAACCAUGGUCAAAACGAGGUGGUCUUGCUGGAGAUUUUCUUGAUUUACUUCCAAUAGGUGAAUUUCAAUCUUUAAUUAAACCAGGAUUAAAUUCAUUAUCAAAUAUAUUUAUUAUUCGACCAAUGACUUUAAAUGAUCAUACAUCUAUUUAUAGAUUGUGUACAACUAUUUCUUAUCAAUAUGAUAUUAAUCAUAUUAUCAAUCAACAUUCACAAAUUUUAGCUGACAAAAUAAUCGGUGGAUAUUUGUCAAAUUCAUUAAAUAAUGUUAAUCUUAGUUAUGUUAUUGAUAAUAAUGAAGAUAAUUUAUGUGGAUUUUUAUUAACAAUAAAUGAAAGUGAAAAAUAUGAUAAAUUAAUUCAAACAAAAUGGAUUGAACAACUUAAAAAUAAAUAUCCUGAUGUUGAUCAAAAUUUUUUUCAAUUAAUCGAAUGUCCACAAUGGAUUUAUGAUAAAUAUUCUGUUCGUAUACAAAUAUUUAUUGAUUUAACAAUAAAAACAGAUGAAAUCUAUCAUAUUGGAUGUAAAUUAAUGAAAAUUCUUAUUGAAAAUCUUUCUCAACAAGGUUAUAAUGGAUGUCAUGUUUUGUUAGAUGAAACAAAUAUUUGUUUACAUAAAUAUUAUUUAUAUCUUGGAUUUACUGAUAUACAAAAUAUUGAUCAAAAUGACCAUUUUAUUCUGCUUGCUAAAAAAUUUUAA